UUGGAGACUUUGUCUGUCAUCACCAUUCUUUGUUCGAAGUUCAAGUUUUUGUUGCAGUUACUUGACUGAUUGGGGAAAUGGAAUUGAAGGGUGAAUCUAAAAUGGAAGAUGCAGUGAGGGUCCAAACUCUUUCGCAAAUGGGCAUUUCAGAGGUUCCAUCACAAUACAUUCAACCCCUCGAGUAUCGGCCUAAACCCGAAACUAACAAUAUAACUGGUUUUAGCUGCAAAAAUGUUCCUGUCAUUGAUCUAUCCUGUGAAAAGGAGUUUGUCCUGGCUGCCAUUCGAGCCGCUUGUGGAGAAUGGGGAGCUUUUCAUGUUAUCAACCAUGGGGUACCCACCAAACUGAUGGAUGAUUUGAGGAGAGUCUGUCUCUCUUUCUUCAAUGAUGUGCCGAUGGAGGAAAAACUUAAAUAUGCUUCCCGGCCUAAUUCUGUUGCAUCGGAGGGAUAUGGUAGCCGUAUGCUAGUGAGCUCUGAAAAUGAAACUGUUUUGGAUUGGAGGGACUAUUUUGAUCACCAUACGUUGCCUCUUUCACGCCGCAAUUCUUCCUCUUGGCCCCAUUUUCCUCCCGAAUACAGGGCAUUGAUGGCUGGUUAUAGCGAUGAGCUGAAAGCAUUGGCUCAGAGACUGUUGGCAUUGAUGUCCAAGAGUUUAGGACUCGAGGCAUCCUGCAUGGAAAAUAUGAUUGGAGAUUUCUAUCAGAACAUAACAGCUAGUUAUUACCCUCCUUGUCCGCGGCCGGAUUUGACGUUGGGCCUGCAAUCGCAUUCUGAUAUAGGUGCCAUCACACUUCUAAUACAGGACGAUGUUGGUGGCCUGCAAGUGCUCAAGGAUGGAGAGUGGCUCCUUGUCGAUCCCCUGCCAAAUGCCAUCCUCGUUCUUGUGGCCGAUCAAACUGAGAUUAUAACUAAUGGGAAAUACAAAACCUGUGUUCACCGAGCCGCAACAAAUGCAAACAGAGCCCGUCUCUCGAUCGCCACAUUUCAUGACCCAGCCAAGACGGUCCGAAUAUCCCCUGCCUCUGAUCUCUUGAGUCAAGAUUCCCCACCUCGGUAUUCUCCAGUUGUUUACGGAGACUACUUGUCAUCAUGGUACUCAAACGGCCCUGAAGGAAAACGAAAUCUCGACACGCUCCUCCUCGACAUUUCAAAGUAAACCAGAAAUGCUUGUACUCUCUGCAACAUAAACCCUGAAAUAAGGUCAUGCUCUUUCAUUUCAACAACUCAAAUAGUUAAGCUA